GAGAAAGGCUCCUGUCAAAAGCAGGACGCGAUGCUGCUGCUGCUUUAAAUUCAGUGGGCUUUUUGACGAAUCGUAGAGUGGCUGCCAGUUGAAAGUAGCGUACAGCAAUGGACUCUCCCCCAUCUCACAGUUUAUCCAUUGAGGCGAGCCAGGCACUGUCAUCCAUGACCAUCAACUCUCAGCCACUUCCUUCUGAAUCCAAUGCCUCUGAGUACUAUCCAAACAUGUGGAGUUACCAGAACAAUUAUUUCCCUGCAGUGCAAGGUGGUCCAUUCUGCUACCAGAAUGAGGGAGCACAGAUUGUCCCGAUCGCCAUGUCGACUACACAAGCAGGUGAUAUGACUGCCUCCCAGCUACAAUACGCCAACUCCUUUUUCCCAAAGGGUGUGGUACAGGGAAAUCCUCCCCGUAAACAGUCAGAACGCAGCUUGAAGAAAAACAGGGAGGCUGCUCGUGAAUACAGGAAAAGGAGAAAGGUUUACGUUCGAGACCUUGAGAAACGAGCGGAACAGCUUGAAAAUGAAAACAUGGCUCUCAAGGAGGAACUUAAAAGUUGGAAAAUAUGUCCAGAGAAAGUCAAGUAAUUUGAAAGGAAUUCCUGAUAUUAAUUCACACCUUUCUGUGGAUCACAAUGUGUUACUUUGUUGGAAUGGAAAAAUUGUGAAGAAAAAGCCAAAAUGCGUGUAAAGCAGGAAGUGUCAGCCCAUAACCGACUUAUUAAAUAACUAAAAUGACAAGAGGGUGAUGGUGUCUACCAAUUGGAUGACAGAAGGAGCCAUCGCUGAAAGCAAGGAAUGAAAAGGUGGUGGUGCGAGAUGUUCAUUUAAUCCUGGAAUCUUCUUCAAUGAGACGACCAGAAUAGCGUAAACGCUGGCAAAUUGCUGUUUGUGCUGAGCUUUUUCAAUUCACUUUUUCCAAAUAAUGACAUUGGAGCAUUGCUUUGGAGGUCAGUCAAGGUUACUAUGCUAAUGAAUGCAUUUUGUCUUCAAGCUGUAACUUGCAGCAUACUCUUAUGUAAUUCACUCUUGCCAGGUCAUGGUUGUAAAUUCUCAAUAGAUCUUAGUGGUAAAAUAAAAUGAAAUAAAUAAAAUGUCUUCAUGAUCAAAGCCCAGGAAAG